AGGACUUUUGUUUGACCGUGCAUUUAACAGAUAUUUGUUUAUUGUUCGUUUAAAAUCCGUAGAGAGAAAGAUAAAUAUUUUCAUAACGUAGUGCGUGGAAGUAAUCAACAUUCCGAUAAUUACUGAUCUUUAUGUAAAUAUUGAUUGAUAUUUAUUUAAUGGAUGCAUAUUUCUUCCGAUAUGAAAUUAUAAAAUAUGACUUUACCGUUAAAGCUGAUCAAUUUAGGUCAGAAAUAAUUUGUGUAUGAAGUUCGGUAAUAAAAACACAGCUUCUGCAAAGGAAUAUUUUCUUAUUACUUGAAAGUUUUGAAGAAAUUCAGGAAUGGAUAGCAGAUCAUUAUUUAUACAAGAAAACUUAAAUGGAUAUAAUCUACCACCGGACAGCUUGUCAGACAUCAGAGGGGUUCUGAUGAAAAGAUUUGAAGUAAAAUUUUCUGAAGGUCUUUCACCAGAAGGACGUUUGGCGAUGGAACAAGCUGCUAGAAAGGAGGCAGAAAGUGCGAAGUCCUUAAACAGAAUGAAACAAUCCCCUGAAAGCCCUAAAAGGGACAAAAAUAAGAUAAAAGAUCGGAGUGAAAAGAAAGCUAAAAACAUUAAUUUUACCGAAACGUAUGCUAAAACAUCAACCGGGAGACUGGAUGGUGACAUAACCGAUGAAGGUAUUAAUGAAACUGAGUUUACUGGUUUAGAUAUCGGUGGUAAAAGUAAUAAUGAAGCAACUGGAAAUAGAGCGCAGGGCGAAGAGAAAACUAAUACGACGUUGACAGAUAAUACCAAAUUACAGUCUGUAGAAAAAUGUUUAGUUUGGAUGGAGGUAAACACAGAAACACCCGUUGUGAAUGUCAAUGAUUCAGCGGAAACGAAAAACAGUUUAGUUUUAGAGAAUGAUACUGAACAAUUGUAGAACUAUGAUUACUUCCUGUUAAUCUAUUGCUUACUUACACGUUUUGUAAUUCAAUUUAUCUCAAACCCUGUGAGCGAUGGUUGAUAUUCUAUCCAGAUUAAAUGCAUAUUUAUAUUGUUUAAAAAUGUAUCAAAUCUGAUCUUUCCUCAAGAGAAGUUUUUUGAAUAGUGAUAUAUUUGUUAGCUGAUCUGAGAUAAAAGAGCUGCCAUUUAAGCACUUGUAAAUGUGUCAUUGCGGGAAGAUAUAUCAUAUGUGUGCAUAUUUGUUCUGAGUUUUUGUGUAAGAAGAUAUACUGCAUGUCUUUGUGUGCUAUACUCAUAGUAUACAUUACGUAGACGACGUUGUAAUUCUGUUUCUUGUUAUCAGACAUGUGUGUGCGUAUGUAGUCUACAUUGGUAAAUUUUGACGUUUAAACAAAUUUAAGAAACAAUUAUCAAACUAUAGAGGUGAUGUAUAUAGAAAUAACAGUUCAUAGAAAUUGAGCAUCAAACGUAAUGUCUGUAAUGAUAACUUAUGAUAACAUUAUUACAAUGGAAAAUAUAUAGGAAUAUAUACAGCCGAAUCGAAAUACGCGCUGGAACAGUUUGCAGUAACUCACCUGAAACUGUUCUUUAAUUUUUUUUUUGGAAUAUGUUGUUUUCUGUUACACGUCUUUGACGUCUAGAGUAAAA